AGCCUAGAAAGUAAAAUUCAUAAGUUUUUUGGACACUAAAAAUCAUGGCCUUGUGUAUGCAAUUUUGUGGCGUGUAUUUUUUCCUCAUUCUUUAUCUCUAAACAUAAUGCUUUACAGAUGCUGAAUACCUGCUUUUUUUUCUUCUGUCCUGGCAUCACUGACAACCUUGCUACUUUUCCCUUCGCUGGUAUCCCGUAUCCCUCAUCACAUAAAGCCACUAGGCUGUACUUUCAUGUUACGAUGCGUAAUACUUAAGCUUUGAACAAUCCUUUUUAAUCUCUAUUCAGCUUCCAAAGUUGUUAUCGACUCUUAGAGAAUUGCAGGAGGGCCUUCAUCUCUGAAAGAUUCUCUCCUGUCUCUUUCUAGCUCUUCUAGCAGUAUCAGUUAAUAACAGAUAACUGCAUUUUGCAGUAAAUAAUGCUAUUUUAAAUUUGUCCAGACUUCCUUUUCUUUUUCUGCGUAGGGUUGGACUCUCCACCCACACCCCCUCCUCAAAUUUAUUCUUUGGUUUGUGGAUAGGGCAGAGCUGCCAGGGCUAAUAUUUCUCCUGCUGCCUCUGAAGCUCUGCCAUUUGAAGGCUGCUUAACAGCCAUCAUGAGACACUUCCUUCCUGCCCACGCUGUCCCAGACAGUCCCCUGUGGGGAGGCACUUUAAUGAACAUUAUUCUUACUGAAAACAUCCUGUCAGGACAGGCCAAAAUACUGUUAUCAAUUAUUAACAAGCACCACCAUAUUCAUCACAAUUCAUAAACAUAUCUGCUUCUUUUAUUUUUUUUUUUUCCUCUAUUCAACUGAUGUAAGCUGUAUCAAAAUAAUACUUGGCAUUUCUGUGGUGCCUCUUUGUGAAGGCGACCUGAAAACACUUUGUAGACAUGAACUUUGUGACAUGCUGGGGAGAGUUCGUCGUGUCUGUGAUAGAAUUGCAAGACCUAACUAUGCUGUAAUAGUUGAAUGUGGCCCCUCUCCACCGGGAUACCAGUAGAAUUCUUCUCUGUGAAGUUGUAAAUCUUUGUGUGGAAGUAAUAAUAGCAGUAAAAAAUGCAUAUAGAUGUGGCCUUAGAUGCCUUGUUGAAAAUUGCAAAACAAAGUAGCAGAGCUGCAAAUGUAACUAAGGAGAUCUGCCAGCUUCUGGCCCUAACUGAGACAGCAGUUCUUCCCCUUCAUUUUUUAAAAGCUUGGUGGGGAAAGAAAGAGCGGGGUGUCAGAAUAUUCCUUUAACCUCUCUUAAGACAGCCAAGUUAAAAUGUGAUGUUACAAAACUGUUGAGGUUUUUUUUUUUUAACCUUUCACUGUCUGAAAUUAUACUGGAUGUGAACCCAGUAGUUUGACGAGGAAAACGUAUCAAUUAAACUGUUUACCACCACAGCUGAAUUUCACAGAAAUAAUAUGCCUGUGGGUUUUAUUUUUUUGGUCUCUAAUCUUAAUUUACAUCUACAGGAGGACCACGGUCAGCCUUUGUUUGGAGUCCAGUUUAACUGGCACAGUAAAGAAGGUGAUCCUCUCGUUUUUGCCACUGUAGGCAGUAACAGAGUUACUUUAUAUGAAUGUCAUUCCCAAGGAGAAAUCCGUCUGUUGCAGUCCUAUGUGGAUGCUGAUGCAGAUGAAAAUUUCUAUACCUGUGCGUGGACAUAUGAUAGCAAUACGAGCCAUCCUCUUCUGGCUGUGGCAGGGUCCAGGGGUAUUAUUAGGAUAAUUAAUCCUAUUACAAUGCAGUGCAUAAAGCACUAUGUGGGCCAUGGAAAUGCAAUCAAUGAACUGAAAUUCCAUCCAAGAGAUCCAAAUCUUCUUUUAUCCGUAAGCAAAGAUCAUGCAUUGAGACUGUGGAACAUCCAGACAGACACGCUGGUUGCAAUAUUUGGAGGAGUAGAAGGGCACAGGGAUGAGGUGUUAAGUGCAGAUUAUGAUCUUCUUGGUGAAAAAAUCAUGUCCUGUGGGAUGGAUCACUCUCUAAAACUCUGGAGAAUUAAUUCCAAGAGAAUGAUAAAUGCCAUCAAAGAGUCCUAUGAAUACAACCCAAAUAAAACCAACAGGCCUUUUAUUUCCCAGAAAAUUCACUUUCCUGACUUUUCUACGAGAGACAUACAUAGAAACUAUGUUGACUGCGUACGAUGGUUGGGAGAUCUAAUCCUUUCCAAGUCUUGUGAAAAUGCUAUUGUGUGCUGGAAACCUGGCAAAAUGGAAGAUGAUAUAGAUAAAAUCAAGCCCAGUGAGUCGAAUGUGACCAUACUGGGGAGAUUUGAUUACAGCCAGUGUGAUAUAUGGUACAUGAGGUUCUCAAUGGAUUUCUGGCAAAAGAUGCUUGCUCUGGGCAAUCAGGUUGGCAAACUUUAUGUUUGGGAUUUAGAAAUAGAGGAUCCUCAUAAAGCCAAGUGUACGACUCUUACCCACCCUAAAUGCGUUGCUGCCAUCCGACAAACCAGUUUCAGCAGGGAUAGCAGUAUCCUUAUAGCUGUGUGUGACGAUGCCAGUAUCUGGCGCUGGGACAGACUACGAUAACUUACUUUUUCUGAAUUCAAAGUAGAAAAAUAUAUUUUCAAAUUAUAAUAUAGUCUGUUAACUCGCUAGUACGGUAGAUGCAUUUAGUGUAGACUCUCUCGAAGGUUCGGCGGGCUGGAGCUGAACUUAGUGAUGUUUACAUUCUGUGUAUUGUUCUGCUUGAAAUUGCUGCUUUUAAUAAAAAGAAGUAUUUUUGUAAAGUUU